AUGUCUCAGUGGAAUCAAGUUCAACAACUGGAAAUCAAGUUUUUGGAGCAAGUAGAUCAAUUCUAUGAUGAUACUUUCCCCAUGGAAGUUCGACAUCUUCUGGCCCAGUGGAUUGAAGGCCAAGAUUGGGAAGCAGCUUCAAACAAUGAGACCAUGGCAACAAUUCUCUUACAAAACCUGCUACUGCAACUGGAUGAGCAAUUGGGUCGGGUUGCCCAAGAGAAGAACCUGCUCUUGAUACAUAAUUUAAAAAGAAUCAGGAAAUUGCUUCAGGGAAAAUACCAUGGAAAAUCAAUGCACAUAGCAGUAGUUAUUUCCAAUUGUUUAAGAGAAGAAAGAAGAAUAUUGGCAGCAGCCAGCAUGCCUGUACAGGGGCCCCUGGAAAAGUCCUUGCAGAACUCUGUGGUUUCAGAAAGGCAAAAAAAUGUGGAGCACAAAGUAGCUGCCAUCAGAAACAGCGUACAGAUGACAGAACAAGAUGUCAAGUAUUUAGAAGAUUUACAAGAUGAAUUUGACUACAGAUAUAAAACAGUACAGACCAUAGACCAAGGUGAUAAAAACAAUGUUCUCGUGAAGCAGGAAGUUUUGACAUUGCAAGACAUGCUCAAUACACUAGACUUCAAAAGAAAGGAAGUCCUCAACAAAAUAACACAAAUAAUAAGUGAAAUUGAGACCCUGAUGAAUACCAUGCUGCUAGAAGAACUGCUUGAUUGGAAGAGGCGUCAGCAAAUUGCCUGUAUUGGUGGUCCAUUGCAUAGUGGCCUUGAUCAGCUUCAAAACUGUUUUACCCUGUUGGCAGAAAGUCUUUUCCAAGUCAGAAGGCAAAUGGAAAAGCUAGAUGAGCAAUCCACCAAAGUAUCAUAUGAAGGUGAUCCUAUUCCAGUGCAAAAGUCUCAUUUGCAAGAAAUAAUCAACUUCUUGAUCUACAACCUUUUCCGAAACUCAUUUGUGGUUGAACGACAACCAUGCAUGCCAACUCAUCCCCAGAGACCACUAGUACUUAAAACCCUCAUACAAUUCACUGUGAAACUAAGACUUCUAAUUAAAUUGCCUGAACUGAACUAUCAGAUAAAAGUUAAAGCAACUAUUGACAAGAAUGUUUCAACUGUAAGCAACCGUAGAUUCAUCCUUUGUGGAACACAUGUCAAAGCCAUGAACAUUGAAGAAUCUUCGAAUGGUAGUCUCUCAGUAGAAUUUCGACACUUGCAACCAAAGGAAAUGAAGUCCAGCGCUGGAGGCAAAGGAAAUGAGGGUCCUCAUAUGGUAACUGAAGAGCUUCAUUCUAUAAGUUUUGAAACACAGAUUUGCCUGUAUGGCAUGACCAUAGAUUUGGAGACAAAUUCAUUACCUGUUGUGAUGAUUUCCAAUGUUAGUCAAUUACCUAAUGCUUGGGCUUCUAUAAUUUGGUACAACUUAUCAACCAACGAUUCUCAGAAUUUGGUUUUUUUUAAUAACCCUCCAACUGCUGCUUUGAGUCAGUUAUUGGAAGUACUGAGCUGGCAAUUUUCAUCAUAUGUUGGACGAGGUCUCAAUUCAGACCAACUCAAUAUGUUGGCUGAGAAAUUGGCAGUGCAACAAGCCAGCUACAGUGAUGGUCAGCUCUCUUGGGCAAAGUUCUGCAAGGAGCACUUACCUGGCAAGGCAUUUACCUUUUGGGGAUGGCUUGAAGCAAUCCUGGAUUUAAUAAAAAAGCACAUUCUUCCUCUUUGGAUUGAUGGGUACAUCAUGGGCUUUGUAAGCAAGGAAAAGGAACGGGUCUUGCUGAAAGAUAAGAUGCCAGGAACGUUUUUAUUAAGAUUCAGUGAGAGCAACCUUGGAAGUAUUACCUUCACGUGGGUGGACCAGUCAGAAAAUGGAGAAGUUAGAUUCCAUUCUGUAGAGCCUUACAAUAAAGGUCGUUUAGCAGCUCUGCCAUUUGCUGACAUUCUUCGAGACUACAAAGUUAUUAUGGCAGAAAAUGUUCCUGAAAACCCAUUGAAGUAUUUGUAUCCUGACAUUCCCAAAGAUAAAGCAUUUGGUAAACACUACAGCUCUCAGCCAAAUGAAGUUUCAAGACCCACUGAGAGAGGUGACAAGGGUUAUGUUCCCUCUGUAUUUAUCCCUGUCUCAACAAUCCGAAGUGAUACCACUGAGCCGCACUCUCCAUCAGACCUUCUUCCUAUGUCUCCAAGUGUAUAUGCAGUGCUGAGAGAACACCUGAGUCCCACAGUCAUUGAAACUGCUGUAUGUUGUCAAUUUCUCACUUCUGAAAUGCAGUAGAAUGUUCAAAAAAGGGUGGUUGAAAUUCUUCCCCGGGCAAUGCUAAAGUCUAAACCUUUGAACAAACUCAUAUGCAUGGUAUGAGAUAUGAAUCAUGAAUAGGCUAUAACCCUCUCCUACUCAGUUGCUAAAUUUUCAGUGGGAGCAUUUACAUGUUGGAGAUCCACAAAUGUUACAAAUCAGGGCUUAAUUUUUUAUUUUGUUGAUUGAUUAUAUUUAAGGAAGUGAGGGAGAAAAUGUGAAUAAAUGUAAUAAACUUAAAAAUGUUUUAUACAUACACUUUUCUGGAUUGACAGUUGUUAAACAUAUACCAGCACGUCAAGGGAUGUGACUAAUUCAAAAUCAGUUUCUGUAUCAAAAACAGAAAUCUCUUAUUUCCUUUUAUUUUGGUUAUUUGAAGUCCUUAACUUGAAGGCCACCAGAGGGCAAUAUGCUCAUUCCUACCAUGCCAGCCCGUCCUGCUAACAGAGUACUCAUGAGAUACUAGCCGAGUAUUUCUAAAUCAAGAUUGAAUCUCCAUUAAGAAAUUUAAUCAGCAGGAUUGGAGGCGGGAGAGGGAUUGGGUUGUUUUGUUUUUUUUUUUUUUCCUGCCCCUGGUCAUUGUGUUUUAGGUCCUUGAAUUUAAUACACUAAUGCCACAAUAUAGAAGCUCAAUAAACAGCACUCUGGAGCCUGAAUAAUAUAUUCUUAACACUGAAUUAAUUAUUAGUCAAUCAGAAGCAUUCAUUAAGUACCUAUUCUGUGCCAGACACCAUGCUACAUGACAGAGAUACCAAAAAAAAAAAAAAAAAGAAAAAAGAAAAAAAAAAGAAAGAAAGAAAGAAAGAAAGAAAGAAAGAAAGAAAAGAAAUAAUCUCUCAUCUAAUACAGGACAAGUCUUCUCUUGCUAUUUUCCCCCCAUAUAUCCCAACUCUCCUAAGAUCACCAAAUUCUAAUGUAUCUCAAUAGGAUACAUCUCUCUAAGACUAAAUAUUUCCUAACAGUUGAAGUUAGAAAUUUGUCAUGUUUGUUACGUCAGAUAGUUAAUGGCCAUAAAAUCUAAGAGACCUUGAUUUUGCCUUGUUUUUAUCUCUGCUCUCAAGGUGAUAUAUAAUUAAACCAUUCAGGAACAUUACCUGGAAGAAACAGUCCACAUUAUUUGGGUCUCACUUUCCUCAUGUGCAAAAUGAAGGGAUUGGACUUAGUCCAAUUUUCAGUGUCCCUCCUAGCUCUAAAUUUAUGAUCCUAUUAUUUGUUCAAAUACUAAUCCUUUGUUAAUUUUUCUUGCAAGCAUAAAUUCUCUUCUUUAAAAAAAAUCAUUUUAAUCAUUAGCUUGCACAGAGAAUGCAAACCUCAAGAACAACAGCACAGAUUUAAUAUGAAAAACAAAUAAAUCAUUUUUAACUUCCCACAUAAAAAUUUUAGAUUUUGUCUUGAAAUUUCACAGGAUUAAAAUUCAUGUAAGCAAAAUAUUCUCCAACAUGGAAAUGGUCUCAGAUAACAGAUUCCAGAAUCUGUUAUUAAGAAUACAUCUGUUUGUUUGAGAAACACAAGAUUUGUUUCACCUGAGGUCUUAUCUCAAUCCUACUUACUAUUGUUAUUGCUUACUGUAUUUUUCUCUGCUAAAAUUUACAUCUAUUUUCUCUUAUUCUUUCCUUUAUGGAGAAGAAUAAUUGCUUAGCAUGUUCUUUUUUUAAAAAAAAUUAAUAGCUUCUUAUUUAUAAGAUAUAUGCAUGGGUAAUUUUUCAGCAUUGACAAUUGCAAAACCUUUUGUUACAAUUUUUCCUUUCCUUCCCCUCUCUCCCUCCCCCAGAUGGCAGGUUGACUAAUACACAGUAUAUAUGUCAAAUACAACAUAUGAAUACAUGUCCAUACAGUUAUUUUGCUAUACAAAAAAGAAUCGGACUUUGAAAUAGUGAACAAUUAGCCUGUGAAGGAAAUCAAAAAUGCAGGCUGACAAAAAUAGAGGUUUUGGGAAUUCUAUGUAGUGAUUCAUACUCAUUUCCCAGAGUUCUUUCACUGGGUGUAGCUGCUUCAAUUCAUUAUUGUUCUAUUGGAACUGAUUUGGUUCACCUCAUUGUUGAAGAGGGCCACGUCCAUCAGAAUUGAUCAUCAUCUAGUAUUGUUGUUGAAGUAUAUAAUGAUCUCCUGGGCCUGCUAAUUUCCCUCAGCAUCAGUUCAUAGCAUGUUCUUUAAAAGGGUGGCUUGUAUUCAAAAUUACCAUAACAAUUUUUUUAAAGCUAAAGACCUCGAUUCCUUUUAUAAAUUGUUUCCAGAAAUUUUUACGGUGUUUAAAAGAAGGCCUUUAUUAGUUUCAUGAAAUGGUUUGAAAAACACGAUUUUUUUCUGUGAAAUGAUUCUCUGAAAAUUAACAAUUUUUGUUUUUCAUUUCUAGAUGAACUCUCCAUGUUCUUCUGACUGAUGAGAUGCUUUUUGGUGCCUAAGAGAACAAGGAAAAAAUUUUUUUAAUUUUUUUUUCUAAAAUGCAUCUGCAUAUAUUUUGAAAAAAACAAAUUUCAGAUAAGCAAAGGAGAUAAUACAACUUUAAGAAACUAGAGUGUUAACACUGUAAACUGUUCUCAGAGUAGUAUGCCAUCCACCACUUAUUUCUGCUUCUUUUUUCUUUCAUUGACCAAUUAGCAAGCAUUUCUUUUUUGUAAAUAGUAUCCUUUUUCAAUUACAUGAAAACUAUCUUUAGUUUUCAACAUCCACUUUUCAUAAGAUUUUAAGUUUCAAUUUUUAUCCUUCCCUCUGUCCUCUACUCCUUCCUUAAGACUGCAAAUAAUAAUGUAAAUGUACAAUCAUGUAAACAUAUUUCCAUAUUAGUCAUGUUGUAAAAGAAGAAACAGAAUAAAAAGGAAAAGCCACACACACGCACACAAAAUGAAAAUAGUAUGCUUUGACCUCAUUCAAACACCAUAAUUCUUUCUCUGGAUGUGGAUAGCAUUUUCCAUCAUGAGUCCUGAAAUUGUCUUGGCUUAUUAUGUUGCUAAGAGCUAACUCUAUCAAAGUUGUUCAUUGCAUAAUGUUGCUGUUUCUAUGUACAAUAUUUUCCAGGUUCUGCUCACUUCACUCAGCAUGGAAGUUUUUCCAAAUAUUUUUAAAUUUAUCUGUUCAUCAUUUCUUACAGCACAAUAAUAUUCCAUUACAUUCAUAUAUCACAACUUGUUCAGCCAUUUCCCAAUUGAAGGAGAUUCUCUCAAUUUCCAAUUCUUUGCCACCACAAAAAAAAGAGCGGCUAUAAAUAUUUUUGUACAUGUAGGUUUUUUUUUCCUUUGUUAAGAUCUCUUUGGGAUACAGAUCCAAGGAGUAGUAUUGCUAGUUCAAAGAGUAUGUAUGCACAGUUUUAUAUGCCCUUUGAGCAUAGUUCUAAAUUGUUCUCCAGAAUGGUUAGAUCAGUUCUCAACUUCGCUAACAAUAAAUAGUGAUCCAAUUUCCCAAUAUCUUCUUCAUCAUUUAUCAUUUUGUCUAUUAUAUUAGCUGAUCUGAUAAGUGUGAGGUGUACCUCAAAGAUAUUUUAAUUUGUUUUUCUUUAAUCAAUAAUGAUUAAGAACAUUUUAAAUACGUGUCAAGAUAUUAGGAAACACAGUCUUUUCCAGAGCUAAUCUCCAGCAAGUAGUAAAUAAAAAAAAAAUUGGCAUAAAAAAAAAUUUCUUUGCACUCACCCUCUGGAUGAUCUCAGCCACAGCAAAAUUUCAGAAUUGUUUCAUGUAAUUAUUGAAUUACUUUGAUCAACACUAAGUGUUCCCUAAGAUUGGAAAAACACCUGUUAUAUCCAUGUUCUGCUCAUGUAACCUUCUUGUGAAUCAAGUUUGUCUCAUUGUUGCUGUCAUGCCUCAUUGUCAGAGUUAACAGCUCACUGUGCAACCAUCGAUAUAAGUAUUGAUAUUUGGCCAUAAAGCAGCCCCCCCCCCACAACCAACUAGGGGCAGAGCCCUAUCAUAUCUUCUUGCUUUGCAAGCCAUUUCCUUCACUUUGAAGUUAAAUUUUUGUUUCAUUUCUUGAGAACCCUCCAUAUACCAAGCACUGUGCUAGACACAGUGAGAAAAAAAAGAGUUAUAUUACCUUCUUUUCAGUACACCUGUUGGCCCAGGGGUGCUAACAUUAAUUUGAGAUGUAUACUAUUCUCUACCCUACAAGAAUUUCAAAUAUUAGGAUUUUCUUUCCUAAGUCUACAUUUGUCAUGGUUUUAAGACAUCAGAAUGGGGACAGUUCUCAAUGGCUUAUUCUCAUGUUUGUUCUGAACCAGGUUACAGUUUUUAUUUAUUAGAGUAAUAACUACAACUACUAGUUGUAGGGUAGAAUAAAUAUAGAUCAUAAUUCAACCCUGGUCUAAGAUGAAUUUUUAUUGUGUCUGGGUUCAAUUGUUCAAUGCAGUUGUAUUUUUAAUCCCAAGAUAAAGAACCAUUUGUUAAAGGGGUACUUUCCAAAAUCUAAAAGUGCUCUAUGGGAUCUAUCAGAUAACUUUAUUGAAAGAGAUUGUUUCAGCAGCACAAUUAAUGAAUUAACUUGGAAUGUGAUGGCUGACAUUUGGCCCCCAUUUUUUCCAAGCCCUAUCAUGAUCUUUUUUUUCUAAAAAAUUAAAUAUGGGGGAAGUGUUCCGUAUCAGUCAUUUCAUUUGUUUGGAAGGAUUUGAGAGAAUGAAAAAGCAUGAAAAUGAAGUUUAUAUUUAAAAUUUUUAUCAUAUCCUCAUCUAUCCAGCUAUUUUUUCAUUUAUUUUUCAUUUAUAGAAUACUUGGGAAAAAUGUUAACCCAUUUUUGCAUAAUUAUUGCAGUUGGAAUUUCUAUGUAGGGGAUGAGGUAUAAUUUUUCUAGGAAUUCAUGACAUAGACAUCAAUGUACAUAUUUUUCUACUGUUUGUAAUAUAUAUUAUUUCAAAUAUAAAUAAAUAUUUUUGUUUUUAGAAUAUGCUAUGAAUGGUGGAAUCUUUUUAAAAUUAAAAAACAAAUCCCUCUGACUAAUUGAUCUGAAAAUCAGUCUGCUUUCCAUUCAGGAUAUCAAAUUCUUAAAAGAGAAUGUAGGCACAUGGAUCUAUUCAAGAGUCAAGAUAACAAAGGAGGCCCCUCUUAAAGUAUAGUUGACUGAAUCAGCAGCAUUUCUCAUUUCUGACAAGACCCUAUAUCUCCUCCUUAUCCAACACAUUUAGUUCUGUGUAGAAAGAGAUUCUCUCUAACACACUGCAGUGUCAGGAUUCCAAACUGUAGCUGGAGACCACUUCAGCUAUGGAUCAUUGCACAAUCUGGGUAUAAGGUAGCUAUUCUGCUUCAUUAAAUGCUUUAUAUUCAUUAAAUAGAGUGGCAAGAUUUAAUAAUGCCUCCUAAACAUCUAUGCUAUUGAUUAUUGUUGAUAGUAAUUCUAGAUCAUAGGUUUAAACCUGAAAAAGACCUCAAAGACCAUUUAGUUCACAACUCCCUCCAUUUUUCAGAUGAAGAAACUGAAUCCCAUGUGUAUUAAGGACUGAAGUCACAUGGGAAUUAAGAAGCAGGUUGGAGGCUCAAAUCAAUUUCACUCUUCCUAUUGACUCUUCAAUUAAUUUGUUAUUAGUAUAAAUUGCAGCUAGGUGACUCAGAGGAUUGACCACUAAGUUUGGAACCAGGAAGACCUGAGUUCAAAUUCAGCUUCAGAAACUUACCAGUUGUGUGACAUUGGGCAAGUCAUUUAACCUUGUUUGCUUUAAUCCAUUGGAGAAAGAAAUGAUAAACCAGUAUCUUUACCAAGAAAACCCCAUGAACAGUAUUAGUUUGAUAUGAUUCACAAAGAGUUAGACAUGACUGAACAAUGUAAACUCCAGAACUCUGUAUAAAAUGCAAACUCCAAACUUUAAUCAAAAUAUUAGUUGUCAAUCCAUUCUACAACCAAUAUUUUCAUUUUCCUAUUCUUUAGACCAUUAUCUUAUUGUUCUCCCAAGUCACUCUUUAAGUUGCCACAUUUGAAAAUUACUGUAAACUGAGAGACUCAUAAGAGAACUAAUGAUGUCAUACUGAGUGAUGAUGUCUUGGCUUGUGGGUGAAUUAGAUUUAAGUAGGCAGAGUUGUACAGAGUAGUCAACCAUUCUCUUCCUCAGUCAUUGAAGAUCCAGUGGCAAGACAAAAGUUAAGAUGUCUGUGAUGAUCCAUAAUGCAAUGAAUGAUCUUGGGAUCUUCAGUGUCUGGUUAAGCUCAAACUACUCCAUAACAUCUUCUUCAGCUAUCCUCACAGCCAUUGGAACAAAUUGUUUUCAUUUGUCCAUCUGCAAUGUGUUCAGGGAAGACUAGCACUUCUGGUAUGAAGGUUUGCCAAGCCCUCUUCAGAUCAACUCGUCUAACUUUGAGGCCCACCUCUCACCCAAAUCUCAAGUGAGGCUCCAAGAAGCUGUAUUAUGUGAACCAAUCACACCCCAGCAAAUGGGCUAAACCAGGUUGAGCGUAAUUGGUAGGCCUCAAAACAGCCAGUGAAUUAAGGAUAUGUCUCUCCUAAGAAAGUAAUGACUUGGUCAAAAUUGAAAUUAUUUCACUUGGACCUCCCCUUCUGAAACCCUGUUAGUCACAAGCCAAGACAUAAGUUUUGAGUCACAAGACAAAGAUUACCAGGCAAUGGGAGUAGUCUUCAAGUGAUGGGAGUUGCUACAAUUUUUCAAAAUGAUGAGGUUUGGUCUUUAAGGUUAACCAAGUUUCUCUAGAAAGAGAGUGAUGGGUGAAAUUACAAGGGUGGAAAUAAUCAUAAGAUGAAAACUUGACUUUUAGGCAAGUUUUUCCCCAGGAUGAGGGUGGUGGGUGGUUUAUAAGGGGAAGAAAUCUGGGAAAAGGAUAUAAAAUUUAGCUUGACUGAGCCUUAAAAGUAGAAUUAAAAUCAAUCUUCAAUUUUACAAAGUUAUCCCAGUACUGAUUCAGUUACUGUGGGGGGAAAAACAACCCACAGUAGUGUCUUCCUUUCAUACUCCCAUUACAUCUAAUACUUCCCUGAUCAAAAUAUAUGAACAACCUACAUGUGAAUUUAGCAACUUGAUUUGUUAUUAUUUGUUUAAUAUUGAUGCAAUCCAAAUGAACUGCUUUCAUAGAUUAAUCAGCAACAAGGGCAAGCAUGUGAGUCUCUACUGUGCAAGACCACCUUUGACACAUAUAUGCUGUAUGACUUUGGGAAAAUCCCUUAUCUUUUCAGGACUCUGAGAAACUCUAAAGUCCAUGAUUAUGAAUUACAAUGACAGUGCUAACCUAUCCCUGGGAAAAUUUCUCACCUAAGAAUUCCUUCUAUCAGUGAAAUCACAGUCUCAGUACAUAUCCCUUAUUUGAAAGAGGCUACUGGGAAGAGUACACAGAUUGCUGGGCUUCAGAUCCCCAAGAUCUAAGUUCAAAUUCUGCCUCAGACAUAUCUGUAAGAGGAGAGGCCAAACUCAAUGACCUUUAAGUUCCUUUCCAGGUCUAAAUCCUAUAAUCAUAUGAAUUGUGCUUAACACAGAACUUGUGCUUCAUUCUUCUUUCCUUCCUCCUCCUCUUUUACUUCCUGCACCUACUUUUAGGACUUAAACCUAACCUUUAUAUGUGUUUUUUUUCUGCAGGAAAAAAAAAAGGGGAAAAUAAUUCACACAUACAAAAAAUGUAUAGUUUGUUUUGGUGGUAAAAAAAAAUGGAAAUUGAGGGAAUACCUCAAUUGGUGGGGGAAUGGUUGAAAGAUUUGUAUUAUAUGAAGGUAAUGGGAUAUUAUUGUUCUACAGAAAUGAUGAGCAGGUACAUUUCAGAAAAACCUGGAAAGUCUUAAGUGAACUGAUGAUGUAACAAUAUUGUGCAAUGAUUAACUUUGAUAGAUUCUGUUUUUCUCAACACUACAGUGAUCUAAGACAAUUCCAAAAGAUUCAUGAUGGAAAAUGGUAUCCACAUCCAGAUAAAGAAUUAUGGAGUCCAACUAUAACUUUUGUUGUUGUUUUUUUUCUUUCUUUUGUUUUUUCCCCUUAUUCUUCUUUCACAGCAUGACUAAUAUGGAAUUAUAUUUAUAGUAUAACCUAUAUUGGAUUGCUUGACAUUUUGGAGAGGGGAGGAAAGAGAGAUAAGAAGAAAAAAAAUCAAAAUCAAAAUCUAAUAAAAGUAAAAUUGGAAAACUAUAUUUCCAUGUAACUGAAAAAAAUAAAAUAGUAGUGAGUUGUGGAGAGAGAAGAGAAAAAAAUAAAAAUACAAAAAAAUUAGAAAAGAAAGAAAGAAAAUACUAUCCACAUCCAGAGGAAGAACUAAUGGAAUCUAAACACAGGUUGAAGCACACUAUUUUUACUUUCUUUUUUCUUUUUAUAGCCUGUUCCUUUUGUUCUGUUUCUUCUUUCACAACUAUGGCUAAUAUGGAAAUAUGUUUUACAUGAUUAUACAUAUACAAUCUAUUUCAAAUUGCUUCUAUUUCAGGAAGGGGGAAGAGGAUGGAAGAAGAGAGAAAAGUAUAUCUCAAAAAAUUAAAUAAAUGUGAAAAUUGUCUUCACAUGUAAUUGGAAAAAAUAAAAUACUAUUUUUAAAAGUCUUUUCUCAUUGUGUUAAGAGCACAAUUACUUAAUACUGCAUAUCCACUUGAGGGAAAGUUGGCCAAAUGUUGGGAGAGGAGGAACACUGGACUUCUAACUUCUAGUUUCAGGAAAGGACACAUAUACUUUCAAAUUCACUUCAGAGAAGUCCUUGGAGGGGAAAAAAAAAACUCUGAAAGGAAGCUGACAUGUAGAAUGCCAAAC